AAGAGAUAUGUACCCUUGUAAUUGCAGAGACAUUUCCUGAAGAUUCAGGACUUUUCACAUGCACAGCAACAAAUGAACACGUUUCAGCAACAAGCAGCGCGCAACUAACUGUCUGUUCAGCCAGUUCAGAAAGCUCUAGUCAUGAAUCACUGGCAAGGGAAUCCAACAGUGAUGAUUUCCAUCAAUUCUCACCACCUCCUCCCGUUGAAAUUAGCUCUCUUGAGCUUCCUCCUAAGAAACAUACAGAGACCAACCAAGCAAACAACAGCGAGCUGAGAUCUGAUGUGACAGCCUUUCAACCACAGCUCAAUUCAUCUGAGGAAAAAACAAAUGGCAUCCAUCCCAUUCAUGGAGUAAACGGAAUGAUUAACAGCAAGCCAAAUGGUGAUAAAUCCAUCCCACCUCCAGCUGUCUUGCUUUCACCCACAAAGGAGCCACCACCUGUGCUUGCCAAACCAAAGCUGUGA